ACAGAGUCAGAGGCUCCGGCCAAUUAACAAAGGCUCGGCACGUCCCUCCCAGGCCCUCCCCUCCCGCUAGCUCGCGCUCUGACGCAGGCAGCGCGACAGACACCUCGGAACCGGUCGGCUUAGGACCCCGGCCGGCAGCCAAGAUGGCGGCCCCCGUGUUGUGGGCGUGCGGCGCGCGGGCUCUGCGGGGUCCCCCGGGGGCACCGGCCUCCCGAGCCUACCGGGCCCGGCCACCCCCGCUCCGCCCGUCCAAGCCCUUCACCCCGGACCCGGCGGACCCGCUGACCCCGCGCUGGCAGCUGCAUCCCCGCUUCGCCGCCAAGCAGUUCGGGCGGUUCGGGGCCGCGUCCGGGGUGGCCCCGGGCUCGCUGUGGCCCACGAUCCCGCAGCUCCGGGAGCUGGAGGCUGAGGAGCGCGAGUGGCAGCCGAGCCUGGGCGCCAUGCAGGAGGCGCUGCGGGCCCGCGCCGAGGCCCAGGAGCGAGAGCGCCGGGAGAGGGAGCAGCUCAUUGAGGCCAAAAUGGCCCAGAUGCCACAAAUGAUCAUGGCCUGGAGGCAGCAACAGCGAGAACGCUGGGAGAAGGCACAGGCAGAGAAGGCCCGGAGGGCUCGGCUGCAGGCACAGGCGCAGGAGAAGCUGGGGUAUGAUGUGGACCCAAGAAGCUCCCGCUUCCAGGAGCUGCUGCAGGAGCUGGAGAAGCAGGACCGGAAGCGUCUCAAGCAGCAGAAGAAACAACAGAAGGAGGCGGCAAGAAUGGCGGCCCUGAAAACAGCUGCAGAGGCCACCAAGAGCCCUGUGAGCCCCUGCCUAGAGGGGCAUGGUGACCUGGAGCAGGGAAGCCCAGGCAGCAAGCAUGCUGAAAACCCUUCCAAUAAAGCUUAGUGCCGAGUAGA